GUGAAACCGAAAUAUUUGUAAAUUUGUUGCCGGCGGCGGUGGCGGCUGUUGAUGCUUGCUUCAAAGUGCUGGUGACAUGUUUACAGCAGCACAAACACACACACACGUAUACACAUGUAUAUAUGUAUUUACUAUAUGCAUGUUUGUGCAUACAGAAACAUAAAAAUAUGCAGACAAGGCAUAGCACUAACGGCAAUCAAGCGAAAACUUACAUUUUUCGCUUGCAUUUGCAUAGUUUAAGGCGCAGACAAGAAUGAAUAUGUAUGGAUGCGUUUAGUUCUGCUUGUGAGGUUUGGAGUGAAUACUAAAUAUUAAUAUUUGCUUUUAACAAUUCAGCCGUUAUAGAAUUUAUGUGAAAAGUUUCCAACAAUAACAAAAAAUACACAUAUGACAAGCAAUGAAACAUAUUUACAGCGAGUGAUAAAGCAACAAGCAAACAUCAGCCCAUAAUACAUAUGUACUGUAACUGACUAAGCGUGACAAAGGCGACGUCCAAGUCUCGUUUGGCGCUAAUGUGAUUGAUGUGCUUUGUUGUUGUAGCGCUUAGACGUGGCGUAUUUGCGACAAAGCAUAGAACAAACAAAAGAAAAAAAACAAAAAAAAGAUAAAUUAUAAAAAGCGGCAAACUUUGCUUCACAAAAGCGAGAUAUUAUAUAAAGAGUAGGAUUUCAUGCGCGGAAAAGCUUAUCCGCAAAGAAAAUGUGUGGAAAAGUGGAGAAGAAAAUGAGAAAAACCGAGUGUUAAGCGCGAAAAAAAGCGCGCAUUUCGUUAUCAGCUGCCGGAAAUAGCAGCCAAAAGAAUUACAAUCAACUAAAAAGACAACAACAAAUACUAUAAAUGAAAACGACGAAGCAACAACAACAACAAAAUUUUUGCUGACACGUGCCACUACUGCAGCAAGCAGCCCAAAGCGCGGCGCAACAAAAUCAAAGCAAAGACAUAAAGAUAAUCAAAAAAAAAAAAACAAAUAAAACGCAAAUAAAAAACAUAAAGAAGCAACGCAGGCAAGAAAGUAAUAUUACAUAAUAAUAAAAUAAGCCGUCAUACAAGCUGAUCUUAGUUGCUGUGUUAGAUUUGUUGUCUGACAGUUUGUCGUCGGGGCGCUUGUGGGUCCAGCUUCCUUCAACGCUUACGCUCGUGAAAAGCACUCAAAAUAUUUAUACGUCGCUUAGCCAGAGUAGCAACAUUGGCUAUACGACGGGUUUGGCGAGCAACAGCAUCGAACUGAGCACCAUAAAACUAGUGGCUGCGCGUUCAUUGAGCAAAAACAUUUUCAUCGUGAGAAGAAACUAUAUAAAAGACCCUACAAUCCAAUGCCAGCCCGAAAGGGGCUGCUUGCGCCCCAAAAUACCUUCUUGGAUACGAUCGCAACACGUUUCGAUGGCACACAUUCAAAUUUUGUGCUUGGCAAUGCGCAGGCAAAUGGCAAUCCAAUUGUUUAUUGUUCGGAUGGCUUCGUGGAGUUGACAAGAUAUUCGCGUGCGCAAAUAAUGCAAAAGGGAUGCUCCUGCCAUUUCCUGUACGGUCCGGAAACAAAAGACGAGCACAAACAGCAAAUCGAAAAAAGUCUGAUGAAUAAGACCGAAUUGAAAUUGGAAGUUAUUUUUUAUAAAAAAGAUGGUUCACCGUUUUGGUGUCUCUUUGACAUUGUGCCAAUUAAGAACGAGAAACGGGAUGUGGUGCUCUUUUUGGCAUCACACAAGGAUAUUACACAUACAAAAAUGUUGGAGAUGAAUGUAAAUGAAGAAUGUGAUAGCGUUUUUGCCCUUACAGCUGCUUUGCUGGGCGCGCGUUUUCGUGCCGGUUCCAAUGCUGGCAUGCUCGGCUUGGGUGGCCUGCCGGGUCUGGGCGGUCCGCCGACAUCGGAGGCGGAUGGCGACGGUAUGGAGGGCAAUAAUCUGGAUGUACCUGCUGGCUGUAAUAUGGGACGGCGACGUAGUCGUGCAGUGCUCUAUCAACUAUCCGGCCACUACAAGCCGGAGAAGGUGAAGACGAAAUUGAAAUUAGGAAAUAAUUUAUUGCAUUCAACGGAGGCGCCUUUUCCCGAAUACAAAACGCAAUCAAUAAAAAAGUCACGCUUCAUUCUGCCGCAUUAUGGUGUUUUCAAGGGUUUUUGGGACUGGAUAAUAUUGGUGUCCACAUUUUAUGUCGCCGUUUUGGUGCCGUACAAUGCGGCAUUCGCGAAAGCGGAUCGUCAAACCAUGGUGUCGGAUGUUAUUGUUGAGGCGCUGUUCAUAGCAGACAUUUUAUUGAAUUUUCGUACAACAUUCGUCUCGAGCAAAGGUGAAGUUGUCUCCGAUUCCAGGCUGAUUGCUAUUAACUAUUUGCGUGGCUGGUUUGUUGUCGAUUUGCUGGCGGCGUUGCCGUUCGAUCAUCUGUAUGCAUCGGAUCUAUAUAAUGGCGAGGAGUCGCACAUUCAUUUGGUGAAAUUGACACGCCUGUUGCGCCUAGCCCGGCUACUGCAAAAAAUGGAUCGAUACUCACAGUACACCGCCAUGAUACUGACACUGCUGAUGUUGUGCUUCUCGCUGGUGGCGCAUUGGUUGGCCUGCAUCUGGUAUAUCAUUGCCGAAAAGGAGUACAUGAUGAAUGAUAGCGGCUGGGAUAUAGGUUGGAUGCAUGCUUUGUCUGAGCGCUUGAAGAUACCUAUCACUAAUAUCACGAACGCUGAGGCCUAUUCGACGGCGCUGUAUUUUACCUUCACCAGCCUAACGUCGGUGGGGUUUGGCAAUGUUUCUGCGAACACGACAGCCGAGAAGGUUUUCUCUAUUAUCAUGAUGUUAAUUGGUGCAUUAAUGCACGCCGUCGUGUUCGGUAAUGUGACGGCGAUAAUCCAGCGCAUGUAUUCCCGCCGCUCAUUGUACGAGAGCAAAUGGCGUGACUUAAAGGAUUUUAUAGCGCUGCAUCAGAUGCCCAAAGAACUGAAACAAAGGAUUGAAGAUUACUUUCAGACAUCGUGGUCGCUCAACCAUGGCAUUGAUAUUUACGAGACGUUGCGCGAAUUUCCGGAGGAACUACGCGGCGAUGUGUCCAUGCAUUUACACCGUGAGAUUCUGCAAUUGCCGAUAUUCGAAGCCGCUUCACAGGGUUGCCGAAAACUUCUUUCACUACACAUUAAAACCAAUUUUUGCGCACCCGGUGAGUUUUUGAUGCACAAAGGCGAUGCCCUGAACUACAUCUACUAUCUUUGUAAUGGUUCCAUGGAGGUCAUCAAGGACGAUAUGGUGGUGGCCAUAUUGGGCAAAGGCGAUUUGGUUGGUUCUGACAUUAACGUUCAUUUGGUAGCCACAUCCAAUGGCCAGAUGACAGCGACAACAAACAGUGCGGGGCAGGAUGCGGUGGUGCGGAGUAGCAGUGAUGUGAAGGCGCUCACUUAUUGCGAUCUGAAGUGCGUACAUAUGGGAGGCUUAGUUGAGGUAUUGCGUCUCUAUCCGGAAUACCAACAACAGUUCGCCAAUGAUAUACAACAUGAUCUCACUUUCAACUUACGUGAAGGUUAUGAAUGCCAGGACUCAGAAAUUGGACCAUCAUUUCCACUGCCGAGCAUAAGUGAAGACGAUGAGAACCAGCAGGACGGCGAUGGUGGCGAUGAGGACAAUGAAAAUGGUGCGAACGCCUCACCACAUCACAGCAUUACCACACCAUCACCAUUGCAUGGUCGCUCACCAUUGCUGGGUUUGAAUAGUCCACGUUUAAUGAAAUUACAUCCGCGUGGACGUUCGCUGAUAACCUUGCGUGAGCGUGUUGAACGUCAACGUUCAUUAAAUAUAACAUCAAGUUUGGACACCGGCUCCAUGGAUGAGGAUAUGAAUGCCGCGGAUGGGGAUGAGGAUGUGCACAGCAUAAAGAAGAAACCUUCGAUGGAACGCUUGGACUCGCAGGUGUCGACGUUGCAUAAUGAUGUGGCGCAGCUGAGUCUGGAAGUGCGCAAUGCCAUACAGGCGCUACAGGAGAUGACCUUCUCGACAAUGGCCUCACAGGCAAGUUUGAAAUUCCCACCUGCGCGCUCUAUACCCAAUAUAUGUGGCACUGUUGGCGGCGCGGUGGGUAUGGGCAGCACUAUGCACUUUGUGGCGAGUAGCAACGAUGAUAUGUCACUACAGCGUUCGUCCUCGCAUCCUCCCGAAAUCUGGGGGCGUGAAAUGCAACUGCCUUUUGUUGGCAGUGCUGCAGUGCAAGGGAGCGUGGCUGCUGUUGAUGAUGGUGGCGGAAUCAGUGCUACUGGCAGCGCCAAGACAAACUCGCCUGCUGCGCCAGAAGUGCCAAAGAUAUCGCGCGCUACACAAACCGACUUCUAUAAAAUAGACUUUCCCGUUUUCGAACGUUUUGUAUUGGCCAAUCCACGUUUGGUGCUCGGCCUGCUGGGCAUUGAUCCGGCGAUAAAGACUGAAAUUGAAUUGCUACAACAACAGCAGACUCUACAAGUAUCGCCAUUGAAUACAAUCGAAGAGGUUAUAUCACCUGCCGAAGGUACCUGCUCAGUUACCGGCUCCAAUGAACGUUUGCUGGGCGACAGCUUUUGCGGCAGCGAUAAGUCGUAUGCCGUGAUAGAUGAUGAGAACUCCAAUGAUUAUCGUUGGAUUAUGAAACAUUCCGUGAGUAAAAGUAAUAAUUGUUGCCGCUCGACGGAGGCUCUGCUACAGCCCAUUGAAGAGCAACAAGAGUUGCCCAAGUAUUCCGUUACAUCAGCGCAGCUCAUGCCACAGUCUCCACCCUCACGCUACGAGCAUCGCUAUACGUCCGCUACGACAACUGCGACGACAAUCAUUGCCGCGACGCCGGCAUCUGCCGACCAGGCAUCCAGUUUUCAAUUAGUUAGCGAAGCAGAUCGAAUUGGCGGCCCUGUCAAAACUCAGCAACAACCAGCACACCGCACGACGCGGCGGAACUCUAACACCAAUUACAGUCAGCACCAUAGCAACAGCAAUAGCAGUCUCUCAAGUAAUGCAUCCACACAUUCGAAUAGCAGCAACAGUCCGCCUGCGACAACAACUACCGGCACAACUGGACACAAUGGACCGAUUAGUGGUGGCCCAGCUGGCAGUGUCGGCGGUGGUAAUAGCGCGCCCAGUAACAACAGCAGUCGGCGCUCUUCUUGGAAACUGCAUCGUUCGCAAAGUGGCGACUAUAAGCGUUUACCUGAGGCGCUAGAGGACUCACCGCCGGGAAAGAUCAUUACCGCCGCUAGCGCAACAACAACCACAUCUAUCACACAUUACGCAUACAGCGGCGGUGGCGCCGCCGACGAACAUCUCGAACUUCUCGCCAGUAGACGCUCAUCGCGUGCCAGUUGUGUGUCGGUGGUCAGCGCGGCAGCGGAGGCGGCAGUGGUGAGUAAGCGCAAUAGUCUAAAUGCGAAUCGUUCGCUAUUGAGCGUUAGUGGCGGUGGUGCUGGGGGUGCAAAUGGUGGACAUGGUCAUACGAGUUAUCGUUUUUCCGCUGGUGAUGCUGACAAAUUGGAGAAGGGAUUGAAGGGAUUGCCAUCGACGAGAUCGCUGCGAGACGCAAGCAUCAAUUAGUUGAACGACAGCGCCUGGAAAGCGAGGAAUCGUUUGAAGCGGAGUAGUAGUAAUAGCAGCAUAUCUAGCUAGUUUUAUAAGAAUUCAUGAACCGAGUGCUGUGCGAAAGUUGACAAAAAGACAGAAUUGUAGAUAGGUACAAGUGAGAUGAGUGAUAAAAGAGAAGAAGAAAUCAUAUGUUGCAAAUAAAUGUAUAGUUUAAGAGGGAAGAACGAGCAUAGAAUUUUUAAUAAGCGAGCAAGAGAAUUAGCAAUGCUGAGAGAGCUACUAGAAAAUAAUAAGUCACAGAAUAUUUGUUAGGGAUCAAGUUAAAAUAAAAUGUAUUUUGCUAAGGCAAUCUUGUUCUACAUAAUUUUUAAUAUGCUUAGGUAUAAUUCAUAUAUCUGUAAAGAAUUGUAGCUUUUAAUAUAAGACUUUGUAAGGCAUAUAAUAUAAUUUCAUUCACUUUGUGAUGGUCAAUGCUACUUCUAUCUAAGUUAUGCAGUAUAUUAAUAGGUUCCAAAUUCCGUGAAAAUAUAUCCUCGGUUUUUCGCAAAAAUUCUUAGUAAUUCUCGGUAGAAAUUACUUUCUAAAUAUUGUUUCUUAAUGAUACUUUCUUCGAAAACGGGGUAUAGUGAAUACUGGCAUACAUUAUUCUAGUGCACUUUGGAGACUUGUAAUUGAACUUUUUGGACAACAGUUUUGUUCUUAAGGCUAUCUCUUACAGAGGCUCGUGUUAUUUUUAUUCCUUAAACUUUUUGAAAGAUAUCAUAGAGAAAUUACAAUAUUUUUUUUGAGUUACUUUUAAAUAUCGUGCAUAAAAGUUUUAAGUUAUUUUAGAGUAUUUUACUCAAUUGCCGAGCAAUCGCCGAACUUGACUACUCAAAUUUGUCAUAAUUGAAUAUCUAAUGGAACUCUCUGUGAUAUAUGCAAAAUAGCGUUAGAGAGUACCUUACUUGGAAGCAACAUAAAGAUUAAAACAUUUUGGUUUAGUUUGUAAAGCAGCUAAAGAGAACAUGAAAAUGAGUGAGUUUCUAGUAAGCAACUGUGAGUGAUUAUAACAUAUACAUAGAGAAAGGAAGAUAUUUUUAACAGAAUAAAAUUAAAGAUAUAAUAAAAAAAAACUCGACACAUACACUUAUAUUAUAUAUACAAAAAAUAUACAUACGUAUUAAAUAUAUACGCAUGAAACACUGUAUUUUGUUGAAUUUUUUGUUGAAAUUUCUCGAUGUGAUUUUUAAAUGUUUGUGAAAUAAAAAUAUAUUUAGCUCAAGAAUAUAUUUAAGAAAAAAUUA